AUGGCCUCCCAUUCCAGGUUACUGCAAAAGAUGAAGUCUUUUUGUAGGACUGAAAAUCAAUAUGUACGCUGUGGGCUGGCAGAGUUUUUGGGGACUCUCAUUUUAAUAGUAAGUAAGGAUUAUCGAGUAUUUUUUUUUAUUUAUGUUGAGAGAGAAUGUAUUAAAUUGUCCUUGUCCUGUUCAUUUUUGGAAUUAACCUGUCCACUUGUUUCUUAUUCAUUAACCUGAGAAGUCUUGGGGAUAAAGGAGAUGAAUUGGAAGCCUAGUUAGAGAAUAAUUCUCGUUUACGUUUUGGAAUUCCCCCAAACUUUUAUUAUAGUGCGUAACCCUGCAAAUGUGUGAGAUGGAAAUAAAGGGCACUCCUGCAAUCCAGUCUGAAAAAAGUUACACCAUCUAUGUCCAAUGCAGCAAUAAUUAUUAGGUUCUAAGAUGCCAGCAAUAGUCAGUAUGUCUGCAAUCUCUCUCUAGGAGAGAAUCAAUGCAGACAUUGAGACAUGCUGACUAUUGUUGUGAUCUGGGAACCUAAUAAUUCCGUAUGGGCAGCAUCUGCAUACUGUGCAUGUUGAAAUAGAUUUGUGUGAAUCCUUAUAUUGGCUGUUUGUAUGCCAUCGUCUAGUGGUGUGUGGAUUGCAAAAUGUAAGCAAUUAAAGUGUGAAUUAAAAAUGUAAGGCCAAAAUAGCUGCCUUCAAACAAUUCUCUAAGUCAGCUAUACUUUCAGUUCAACUAUUCUGGCCUUAAAUUUUGACAUUCACUUUGGUAACUAACCCAGAACGUACUUUUCUCGUAAAUGGCAUUGUUCUCAACAUUAAGGCUGUGCAGCAUAUCUGUCCCAGAAUGACUUCAUUAAGAUCUAACUGGACUUUAUAGUAAUCAUUAUGUGUGGAUCACUGAUUCAGUGGUUUGUUGGUUAAAUGAACACUUAAAGGGACACUGUAGGCACCCAGCCCACUUUAGCUCAUUGAAGUGGUCUGGGUGCUGUGUUCCUUUUGCACUUAGUGCUACAAUGUAAAACAUUGCAGUUCCAGAGAACUUCAAUGUUCACAUUGCAGCACUAAGUCUGCCUUUAGUGGCUGUCUACCAGACAGCCACUAAGGGUGCUUCCGGAAUUGAAAAAGACCUUUUGGUCCUUUUUGUGAAGUUGGAUGUCCUCAAGCUCUGCGCGAGGACCUUGAGCGUUGGAUUUUUUUCCUUAUCAAUGCUUCUCUAUGGGGAAAUCCUAAUGCAAACAGGACAUCGGCGCAGGAUUUAGGUAAGUGAUUGAAGGGGUUUUAACUCCUUCAGCACCGAGGGAGGAGGGCACCUUAGAAAUCUAUAGUGCCAGGAAAAUGGCUCUUGUUUUCCUGGCACUAUAGGAUCCCUUUAAAAAUGAAUUGCUUCCACACUUGUCAAAUCACCUACUCUUGCUGUUUAUAACUUUGUUUGUCUCUGUAGUUUUAUUCAACUACUCUUAAAAAAAUAAAUUAAAAAAAAAUAAAAAAAAAUUAUAUUAAUCCAAAAAUGUCUGGAGCUCGAACUGAUACUUCUCAUUGCAAAGCAUUCAAUUCACUGCUUCUCCAUUCGCUAUUACUCAAAGAUGUGACUAUGGUUCAGCUAGAGAAAUGUCCCAGAUCAGACAUCUCCCUACCCAUUGUAUGAGAAGCAUUACAACACCAAACAUGAAUUUUAAUUAUUGAAAGUGCUUCCAGUGGCUGAGUGAUUGUCUGAGGUACCCUGAGUGCAGUUUGUGUGUGUUUUUGCGCUCCGUGUGCCCUUUGAAGGAGAGAAGUUCCAAAAUGAUGUCCUGUAAUCUACGUAUAAGGAAACACCACUUCCCUCCACUCUUAUGUAAGAAAUAUGAACAAAUGUAUAAUUUUAGCUAGAAACAUGGGUAAUACUAACUGCCCUCUCAUGUCGGACUUUUUCUCAUUUUCUCUCUAGCUGUUUGGCUGUGGGUCUGUGGCCCAGAUGGAGUUAAGCGGCUUUGCCAAAGCUCAGUUUUUGAGUGUUAAUAUGGCGUUUGGCUUUGCAGUGACUGCUGGCGCUUAUGUAUGUGCUGGUGUGUCUGGUAAGUUCACAAUCCCUUACCGGCUGACCCUUCACGAUGCUCAUUCCUUCAGUUUGAUAUAAACCCUAUAAAUCCCUUGGAAACACAUAAGGGUAGAAACAAAAUAUGUGUCUAUAUCACAGAGCUCCACAGAAAUAAAACCCCCAGUAUUUUUUUUUCUUCCCCAAUUACUGAAAAGGUUAAUUUCUCUUUCUUUAAAAUAAAUAAAUAAACUUUAUGCAACUAUACAAAUGGUUGUGGUUUAGAAAAAUGCCCAGCAUGUAACUUUAUUUAUUUUAUUUUUUUGCUGCUAAAACUGUACUUGGCGUCUUACAAACCAGAUUUAGUUUACUAUAACAUGCAUUGUGGCAUGUGAUGUGCCCCUUUUAUUAUACCGAAUAGAAUAAGGCACUGGGAAAACAAACAGUAUAUAUGUUGUUCACUCUAUACUGUGGCUCAGAUGUUCUCGAUUUUCUCCAUCUAUUCCCUGUAAUCUUCAUAUGGACAUUGUUCCAUCUUUUUGUAACUGUGUUCACCUGGAAUACAGUGUGCUCAGUGCCACCUCUCCUGUAAUAUUUUUUUUUUUUUUAAAUUAAUUUAUAAAAUAUUUUACCAGGAUGGAUACAUUGAGAUUUCUCUUGUUUUAAAGUAUGUCCUGGGUCCACAAAACAUUGCAUUGAUACAAUAGGGUACAAUAAAUCCAUACUGACGAUCUGUCAUUGAGUAGACAUGGGUACCUGACCCAUGUGCCACAAUCCCCAUACUCCAAAGCUUCUCUUGUAUUAAUAGGUCUUGAGGAUGAAAAGUUUCUAGGGGUUUACAUGUAAACCUCUGAAACUGCCAGGUUCCCCACUGACAAGUCUCAGCACAACCUAUAUUGAGAUGAGUUUUGGCGCUUGGUGUCCCUUUUUAAGAAACUGGUUCUUUGGAGAGAUGGAAAUAUCGCAUGCUACCUGUGUUCUUGUACCUUGCAGGAGCCCAUCUGAAUCCCGCUGUUUCUCUUUCAAUGUUUCUUCUUGAUAAACUAACUUGGAGAAUGAUGCUGGUCUACUGGUUGGCGCAGUUUCUAGGGUCUUUUGUUGGUGCUUCCUUCGUCUUCUUCUUGUACUAUGGUAAGGAUCGAAACUAAAGAAACUGUCUGGCCUAAUAUGGGAAUUCAUCACUAUGACUCAUUUUAUGGUAUAGUUUAACAAGAAUUGUAAAAUAUCCAAAUUCAUUAAUGGUUUUGCAAGUUUAUUAGAACAGAUCUUUCAGUCAAAAUGCUUUCACUUGAUAGUGUUGUCUAUCUUGUCUUACAAGAAGGCACUGAAACUUGGUAUAAGUUUGCCAGAAAGACAAUUUGCCACUGUAGCAGCACAAACUUGAAUUCAGAGGCACGGAUAGGGGAGAGUGGAGCAGCAGUCACUAGGUCUGUACUAACAGACAUGCAACACCACAAUCCACAUCCCUACAAACACAAUACUACACUCUGUCUCCAUACAUACACCAAAGGCAGCCUAUGCAACACCACAAACAGCCAUCUCUUGCCCAAUUUGUCUAUUUUGGCUUUAAAUUUUAAAUUCAGUUUGUUGUGUCUCUUAAAGAAAGGAGUAGUUCUAACUUCCUACAUAUCUUAUUUUUUUAAGAUGCCCUAUAUGUCUACAGCAGUGGGAACUUCACAGUAACCGGACCUCAGUCUACUGCAGGGAUAUUUGCCUCUUACCCAUCUGAACAUCUGAGCCAUAUCAACGGCUUUACAGAUCAGGUAAGGGUUGAAUUUACGGUAAGGUUCUUGCCGUGAUCAAAAACAAAACACUUUCUGAUUAAUUCACAGGUGAUUGCUACGGCUGCACUAAUGAUUGCCAUUUUGGCCAUAUUGGAUGAAGCCAACAAUGCUGCUCCUCGUGGUAUCCAACCCUUUAUGAUUGGAAUCGUGGUUCUGCUCGUUGGGUUAUCAAUGGGCUUUAAUUGUGGCUACCCCAUAAAUCCUGCCCGAGACCUGGCUCCACGCAUCUUCACUGCUAUUGCUGGCUGGGGUCUGGAAGUUUUCUGGUAGGUUAAUUAACUUGAAAUCAUUAUUUGUAAUUCAAUUUCUCUUCUUCACCUUUCUUUUCCCAACCUCCUUGAUCUGUUCCCUUCCUUACAUUGUGUGUAAUGAACUAAUGUUGCCUCAACUGCCAUGAGAACCACCAAAAAUUAUCUGGCCCAAAAGCUUUGGUGCAAGUUUUUUUUUUUUUUUUCGUCAACUGUAAUUCGACUUACUAUAUUUAACAAUGUGUAUACAUGAGGUAAGGGAUGCAACAUCCAUUUGCUUCUAUUUCUCAUCAUUUGUAGAGUAGGUUCUGGCAUUAAGUUGUGUUGUAAUAGAACCUCCCCUUCCCCAAAAGUAAAACGCUCUGGACAAAGUGUGUGGGACCUACAUCUGGUAAUGUAUUAUCGUUUUUUUUUUUUUUUUUUUAUUACUCAGGGCUGGAUCUAACUGGUGGUGGGUACCUGUAUUUGGACCUCUGGCAGGAUCCCUAGUCGGUGUGAUACUCUAUCAACUAUUUAUUGAAAUCCAUCACCCAGAGAUCAAGCAAAAGGAUGACCUUGAAGAGGACCAAAAAGAAAGACACCCUCCACAUUAUGAGCUAGUUCACUCUUCAGCAUAA